AUAGGACUGGUUUAGUGUCGGGUCGCGUCCCAACGACGCCGCAUCACGUGCGGGCGAGGCUUUGCUGCGCCUGCGCACUAAACACAACCAACAAACAUUCAAACAGUAUUUGUUAUAUUAGUGUUACAUGUAAUAAUAAUAUAAAAAUAAAAAUGGACUCACAGACGGAAUGGAGCGUAUGAUUACAGUGUGUUUUUUUAUUUAUACAAUAUUAUAUGUGAUUGUUAGUGAAAGUGAACGAUAUUUUUGUGAUAAUAACUUUAUCAGGACAAUUCAGAUACGGGUGUGAAUUCGGAGGCCGCGUGAACAGAUCUGUCUAUGAUGACAACGCUGUGAUACGAGGGUCAUCGGGAUACUGAGCUGAUAUAGUAUUUUGGGGCGAUUGACUGGAAAUGCGGAUAGGAGUGCGGACUUAAAGUGCGUGUGUUAAAAGCGAUGCAUGGUUUGUGAGAUCGGGUCAGCGGUCAUGGACAUGAGCGGAGAGGGUGGCGGAGCGGGCGCAAGCGCGGGCGCGUUACAGCAGCGGUGGUACGAUAGCCGCGUGAACGGCAGCCCUGCCGCUGGAGACGUCAGCUCCGAGACCAACGGCGACGGGUUCUUCCACUCGCCGCUGGAGGGCGGCCAUCACAGCCGCGCCCGCUACUACCAUCAACAAAUGCAUGCCCCUUAUUCGUCGGCUGUCGGCUCACAUGGUCGAACGCUAAGCGGGAGUAGCAGUCAGGUCUGCAGGCCGCACUUCCAUACGCCGUUGCAUCCAUGGCUUGAUUCCAAAGCCCUCGGCAGCGGUGCUUGGGGCGGGGGCUUCCAACAGGAUGCGCCCGCCGAUAAGCCCCUGUCCCCUGCACAGCAUCCUCAUCCUCAUCCCCUCUUUUCCUUCCCUCCCACACCCCCAAAAGACUCCACCCCAGAUUCCGUGGCAGCUGCGGCGUUAGGGCAACAAGAUUAUCAAGCAGCUGUAGCGCACGCCACGGCGAUGAGCGUCGCGUUCAUGCAGCAGCAACAGGAGCUUCCUCUAUGCGGAGACGUGAAGCCCAUGAUGGGCGCGCCGCCUUCGAAGCAACGCGAAGGUGCGCAGCCGGACUCGUGUCCCCAGGAGAGUCAGCCCUCUGGGGAAUACAACGCUCAGUACAACGCCGCCGCCGGCGACUACUACAACUAUCAAGGGAAGGGUUAUAGCGGGCAGCAACAGAGUAAGCCCCGGCCUAACAAGACUCGAACUAGCGCCGAGGGUCGUGAGUGCGUGAACUGCGGUGCGACCAGUACUCCUCUGUGGAGAAGAGACGGGACUGGACACUACUUGUGCAACGCCUGUGGACUCUACUACAAGAUGAACGGACAAAAUCGACCCCUCAUCAAGCCCAAGCGAAGACUGGUGAGUUCGCUACAGAGUGCUGCGCGACGCGCUGGAACCUCCUGCGCUAACUGCAAAACCACAACCACGACGUUGUGGAGACGAAACCAAAACGGAGAGCCUGUCUGCAACGCUUGUGGACUAUAUUACAAACUACAUAACGUAAAUCGGCCUUUGACAAUGAAGAAGGAAGGAAUACAGACUCGGAAUCGGAAGCUGAGUAGUAAAAGUAAGAAGAAGAAAGGGGGGAUGGGUAUGGGAGGUGGUGGGGCGUGCGCGCUUGCGCUUGGCGGCGUCAUGGGAGACAUGAUCAAACCACUCGGAGACGCCACUAAGGGCUUCGGUGGUUCCGCCUUCCCCUCGGCUAUGGAUUUCGGCCAGCACCAGGUAGGGCUGGUACACCCAGCGGCGGCGCAUAUGUCCCAUUGGUACGGAGCACCCCACCAGGGCUUCGCCCCACCACCGGCCUCGCAUAACCCCUACCACCACCAUCAUCUCGCGCAACUAAACUCUAUGACUGGCUGGAGGAGUGAGUACACGUGAUAAGUGAACCAACGAGAGUAUAAUUUGAAUGUCGGAGAUGAAUGUGCCGUCCGUCAGGGCGACUAACAUCACAAUAGAUACUGUGAUUUCACCUGUAGUAUAAACAAAAUAGUUCAUAAUCACUUCACGUCACACUAAUUUAUAAGACUGUUUAACAGAAUUGAUGUACACCCUGAAUUGAUGAACAUAUCUGACUCUAUCCCAGUGUUUCUCCAGAUCAGAGACUUUUAUAUUCUUGGAUUUAUUCCCCUCGAGUAUUAUUGGAGCUGCGUCACACUAUGCUACCAGCACGUCUGAACAUUUUUAUUCUAAGAUAUAAAAAAUGUCGUUUAGAAUAUUUUAGAGCGGUAGUCGAGUGUGGCUCGGUACAUUUACAAGUAACUAGAGAAAUUGUACAGUAUUAUAAUAUUAGUUAAGGUCAGUUACUAUGUCCGCUUAGAUGAUUUAUACAAAUAUAUGAGUAGCUACUGUUCGUAAAGGAUUUUUUUUAUUUUGUAAAUAUUUAUUAAGUUAUAUUCCGUUCCUGUAUAGAUUGUUUUUUUUUUUUCUUAUAUUUAAUUUGAACUCUUCAGUUCGCUAUAGGAAUUGUGAUGUGUUCAAAAAGUUAUUCCAUACGUUUCUUUUGUAAAUUCGAUUCGAUGUAGAUUUUAUUAAAAUGCAAUAGUAAUUUAUAUAGUAGUGUUAAUUCAAGCGAGUUGUAAAUAAAUUUACUAUAAAUUAAUUGUCAGCGGAUAUCAACGCGGUAUACAUUAAAAUUGUAUCGGGUCACGAGAUUGGUUAAUGAUUUGAAAUUUUUUCUAAACGUUGAUCGGACAUCAGAUAUCACAUAAAUAUUUUGUAUUUCUAUAACUAUAAAAUUAAGAUAUCGUGUGGCCAUAAAUUUUAACGAGAUCCUUUUUUUGGAGUUGCCAACAGAUAUUAGAGCACAAUGUGCUGAACAAUUGGCAUCUUCAGAAACGUUAUCUCACAAUUCCAGAUUAUGUGUAAAUAUAAAAAAAAAUGUAAAUGACCUUAGGAAAUAUAAAGUAUCAAAAUAAUAUGUAAAUUAGUGAUCACGGCAGAAAAAAAAAACCUGUAACGAUAUCCCGUACCUAAAAUUUUUAGUUUUAAAAACAAAACAUUGUGAAGUUGUGUAUUUUAAAUAAAAUUGCGAAUAAAUUAUCAAUACUAAUUGAUAUUUCGAAA